GACCCUCUCCGCUGCAAAUGAUUGAUUGGGACCUGUCCUUUUGCCUCUGUCACUGUUGAUGCCUGACGGGGCCAAGGCAGUCAUUCUCUUCUCUGCCAUUUUCCAUUAGGGAGGGCCGAGUAGCCUUGCCCGUGGCUGUUAUUUUCGGUCCUGUUUGGGUGGGUAAUAUUGGGAACAACAUGCUCCCCUCCUAUAUAACUCUACCCAAGCUGGACAGCCUCUCACAAACCACGCGAGGCCCGGUAAAGCAGCUUCAGCAGCUCCACGCUGUACGCCCUCCCCUUUGCUGUGCCACACUCUUGUACCUGCUAUCGAAUCGAACAACAACUCGCCGUCACCGUCGCCGUCACCGUCUUCAGCCCGUUUCGUUUACUAUUCGUUUACUAUCCAAGCUCCACUCUCGGCAAUCCCUCCAAGGUUGGGCAGGACUCGCGGCUCGCUGCAGCGCGGAUGCAGAAGAACGGCCCACUCUACCUGUGCUUUCCAGCUGCGAGCACCCUUUGGCACCGGCGUACAUGCUCCCACAUGGGUGUCGUACACUGCCAAAUCUGCGGCCAACAUCCCGCCUGCCGAGAGAGCAGAGACGGAAUCCUUGGUCUGUAGCCUACCAUUCGACAUGUCUCCCUUUUGUUCAGCUCGUCACAAAUGACUUGCCUUGCUCUAAAAUGGUACGCUAUCCUUUUGCCUAGUCGUGACACUACACAAGAGCCGUCGUCGCGGCACACGGAUAGCUUUGGCUGCAUCUUCCAUCCAAAACAGCGGUAAGGUCCACCAAUUCAACGUCGUCCCGCCUCGCCUGCCAUGGACGACAGU